CGCCUCACAAGAGGGUACGGGAUACUUCGUACAAUACGUAGCCGUACCUACCUUACAUAAACGACGUCAGCGCAAGUUCCGCAAGUCAAUGCCAACUUCGUUGACCACUUCACUCCCUUGCCCCCCUUCUCCUCAGUCUCUCACUCUCCUCCCAAACAAAUCAAUUGCAAUCAGUGGGGAUGAGGCAUGCCAUACAUCCAGCUCACACGCCGAGCGGCAUUCCCUCUCCGCUGCCGUGUGACCAGCAACAGCAACAGUGGCAGCUUGGUCUGGAGGCCGACAAGCCCAGCCUUGCGCCCAUGCCGUCGCGGCUUUUCCACCACUUUCCCCUUCCAUCUCGGCCGUAAUCCCCCCGCCAGCGCCGGUCGGAAUCACUAUGAAACCCUCAACGUAGCGCGAACCGCCUCGCCGGCAGAGAUCAAAAAAUCCUUCUACGCCCUCUCCAAGAAAUGCCACCCAGACCACCACCCCGAUAACCCCACCGCGACAGCCAGAUUCCACGCCCUCUCCGAAGCCUACUCCAUCCUCGGCACCCCCGCCAAACGCGCCGCCUACGACCGCGACCUCAACCGCCUGUCACCCUCGUCCGCGCAGGCCGGCGGCGUCGCCCCUCGAGGUUCCUACCACUCCUCGGGCCACGCAGGCGGCCGUCCCGCCACGGGCCUCUCCCGCCGCCGCACCCCCUUCCGCGGCCCACCGCCCAGUUUCUAUAAGAAUGCGAGCUGGCACCCUCACGCCCAUGCCCAUGCAAACGGCCACGGCCACGGAGCCAACAGCAGUGCCGCCGCGGGAGGAGGAGGAGGAGGAGGAGGAGGAGGAGGGACACAGCACCGGCCGCAAAACGAACCCGACCCGUCUCAUCCCGAGGCAGGCGCCGGCGCCGCGGGGUGGACGGCCUUAGGGGCCCGGGGCGGCAUGGGGCCCGGGCAGGACCCGUUCGGACAUACGCUUGACGGGUCGAUGCCGCAUUUCGACCGCGCGGGCCAUCAGCGCACGCAGCGCGAGCAGGACCGUCGGAGGGCGUGGCGCGCCGCCGGUGGUGGUGGUGGUGGUGGUUCCGGUUCCCUUGGCGGGGGCCCCGGGGGCGGGGGAGGAAGAGGAGGGCCUGAUGGGUCGCAAGAAUCCGCCAUCGGUGGGUUUUUCGCCGUCAGCAGCAUCUUGGUGCUGACGUUCCUCAUACCCUGUGUGCUCUUUGGUGGGUUGAUAGGCGGGAAGAGGAAAGAGAGGAAGACUAAGAAGAGCCGGGCGGGAUAGAAUGAGGACACCUUAUACUGGCUAUGCCGCUUUUACGGGGCUGCCGGUGGGGGGGGGGGAUGGACCCUUAAGGUAUAUAUAGCUCAGCGACAUGAUCUUUAGACGUAUCUAAGCGUCUUGAAAUCCCUUUUUGUCCUUUUUUUCUCUCCCUUUUCCUUACACUAACAUCGCAGCACUUUGAGCACCAUUUUCGUGGCACAAUAAAUAUUCUCGAGGCGCAUCAGCCGCCCCUUCUGGGAAUCAUUUAUCCUCUGAUGAACUAAUCUACAUCGAAACGGGUGACCACCCCGAGACCCCAAGCCCCCAAGGCGACGAAAGGAUUAUUUAUAUUGCACACGAUGGAACGG